UCUAUGACGACCGUUUGUUACUGAAAGCAGCAAACCCUAAGUCUCUCUCUCAUCUGAAAACCCCAAGCCAUUCCGUUUCUGUUUUUCUUCUCAAAACCCUAGUUUUUGCUUGUCUAUAUUCAGAAACCCUAAUUUUAUCUCCCUGAGUUUAUCUUCGAAACCCUAAUUAUAUUUCAAUGUUAAUUCACUUAUUUUCUUCUGGUAAGCGCUAACUCUCUAUCUUGGUUCUUCUUUCUCCUGCAAAACGGGUAUUCUUUUUCUUCUCUUGAAAACCCUAAUUUUCUUACUUCUCGUCCUGCAAAAUCCUAAUUUUAAUUUUCUUACUUCUCGUCCUGCAAAAUCCUAAUUUUAGUACUUCCCUCUUGCAAAAUCCUAAUUUUAGUACUUCCCGCUUGCAAACCCUAAUUGUGUUAACUCUGUUUCUGAAUACCCUAGUCCUCGUUCAGUUCUUUUUUCUGGAAUUAUGGCGCCACCUUCCUCUGAUGAAGAUCGUAAUCCAUCUGAGGAAGACCUGAAUCCGUCCAUUAAAACUAACCCCUCUUCCCCCAUGGUCUCUCCUUCUUGCUCCUCUUAUUCUGAUUCCCCACCCCCUCUUCCUCCUCCAUCUAUGCCACAAAACGGCUCUGAGAAACUUAUGACCCCUGAAGAAUUCUCUGCAUCAAAGAGGAAGAAGCGACGCAGAAAAAUCCCUGAAACCCCCGUUGAUUGCCAUGACAGUGAGCCAGAGAAAAAGCUCUUUGAUGAUUCCCGAAAGCUUUUUCAGCGACUUUGGACCGAUGAAGAUGAAAUAGGCCUCUUAAAUGGCUUCUAUGAAUAUUCUCAGAAAGGAACUGGUAGUUUUCAUGACCUAACUCCUUUUUAUGACCAGAUCAAAAGCUCUCUGCAACUUGAUUUCAACAAGAACCAGUUGGUUGAGAAAUUGCGGCGAUUGAAGAAGAAGUAUCGAAAUGUAGUGAACAAAAUGGGAGCAGGUAAAGACUUCUCAUUCAAGAGCCCUCAUGAUCAGGCUGCUUUCGAGAUUUCGAAGAAAAUUUGGAGUGGGGGUUUCAGGUCUGUCAAUAAUAAGAACCCCAGUAACCAUGAGGCUUAUGGUGUGGAUUCAAAAAAUUUGGAAAGUGUAGAAGAAGAAGAGAGGAGUGUUCCUGAUAAGAAGAAGCUGAAAAGACCUCGAACAGAGGAUCAAAGCGUGAGAGACCCAAAUGGGAUUCAGGCAAUUGUCGAAGACACAGUGAGAUGUUGCCUUUCUCCUUUAUUCAAGGAGAUGUUUCAGUGUGCAGUGAAUGUGCCUAUCCAUUCCCCUGGUUUUGGAUUAGGGUUUAAUUUGCCUCCAUUGAAUGGUGGGGGUUUGUUUGAUGGGCUGAAUCUGGGGGCACAGGUUGAUGAGAGGUGGAGGAAGCAGCAGAUUUUGGAGUUGGAGGUUUAUUCAAAGAGGAUUGAAUUGAUUCAGGAUCAAAUCAAGUCGACUUUAGAGACCCUCAAGUCUGCUGGUAAGUAGAAUUGUUUCAUGGGGUUCUUGGGUUUUGCAGGUCUUGGGGUUACUAGAUAUAUAGUUGAAUUUUUCUUAUUCUCUCUCUCUCGGUUUUUCCCUUCUGUUUGUUCUGUUACGAACCUUUAUUUGAAUAAUGUGAAAAAGCUUUUGCCAGGCUUUGUUGUCCCUUUUUGGCCCUCUUAAUUAGAGAGGAGGCGUGGAGGUUACUUUCAGCUUGUAAACAUCUUUUUUUUUGUUUCUCAAAAAAAUAUCCUUUCUUUUUUUUGUGAUCCCGUAAACUGAGCAUGUUAUUGAAGCGAUCCUGUUCAUCCGUUUA